AUGUAUCCCAGAAUGAUGCUCUCGGCUUGGAUGGCGAGAUGUGGCAUCAAUGCUCGCGUCGUCGACAAACGUGGCACAAAGAUCUACUCAGGACAAGCGGAUGGUUUACAGCUCCGCAGUCUAGAGAUUUUUGACAGCUUUGGCUUCGCCGAUAGAGCUUGGAAGGAAGCCAAUCAUUUGAUAGAGAAUCCCGGCAAAGACGGUGUAAUACGCCGCUCAGAUGGGGUGCCCGAUACACCACCUGGUCUCUCUCGAUUCAAAGAGAUCGUACUCCACCAGGGACGGAUUGAAAGAUUCUUCCUUGACCACAUCAAAAAACACUCCAAGGAUACCCUACGUGUCGAGCGUGCGGUGUUACCCGAGUCGCUCCACAUUGCGGAAGACCGAGUGGACGAUCAUUCUCCAGACAAUUAUCCCAUCACAGUUCAGCUUCGAUAUCUUACCGAGGAUGAGGCCAAACCAGCUCAAAGCAAGGGCUCUGGAAUCAACGACGGUCUUUUCAGAAGUAAUCUGGCAGAUGAUGACACUGAAGACCUCAUCGCAAAGAGCCAGCAAAAGGAGGGUAGCACGGAGACGGUGAGAGCGAAAUACGUUCCUACAGAUCACAUCUGGGGUGUAUUGGACAUUAUUCCCAUUACUGACUUUCCAGACGUCCGUAAACGUUGCGCGAUACAUAGCGAGUCUUCAGGAUCGAUGAUGAUCAUUCCACGUGAGAACAAGCUUGCCAGGCUCUACAUACAGCUCACGGAGAUCAAGCCCGACGCCAGUGGUCGAGCGGAUAGAUCGAAGAUCACACCCGAUACUAUUCUCACCGCUGCGCAAAAGAUUAUUGCACCAUAUAAGCUGACAUACGAAUACUGCGAUUGGUGGACGGCGUACCAGAUCGGUCAGAGAGUCGGCAAGAACUUCGACCACAAGAGUCGCGUGUUCCUGGCUGGCGAUGCCGUACACACGCACUCACCGAAGGCUGGCCAAGGGAUGAAUGUCUCCAUGCAGGACGGCUACAACCUGGGCUGGAAACUGGGUUUGGUGGUGAAAGGUAUCGCUCAACCAUCCAUUUUGAAGACCUACCAGUCGGAGCGGAGGCGUAUUGCGCAGGAUCUGAUUGCAUUCGACCACAAAUUUUCGAGAUUAUUUUCCGGGCGGCCGGCGAAGGAUGUCAUGGAUGAGGAAGGAGUCAGUAUGGACGAGUUCAAGCAGGCAUUCCUCAAGGGUCAACUAUUCGCUACGGGCCUCUCGGUCGAUUAUGGAACGAGUAUGCUGGUUGGGAAACCAGGCAACGCAGCAGAUCAAGGCGACGGGACAGACGUAUCUUCAAAGUUCGAGAUCAUCGGCAAACAAGAGCUCGCCUCAGAGACGAAGUUGGGCAUGCGUUUCCCAAGCUACCAAGUCAUCAACCAAUCUGACGGUCGAGCCUGGGAGUUCCAGCAGAAGCUGAAAAGCGAUGGACGAUUCCGCAUCGUUGUAUUUGCCGGCAAUGUCGCAAAUGCACAACAGAGCGCCCGAUUGAAAGGCUUCUGCGAGAGUUUAUCGUCCUCAUCAUUACUGGCUCCCCAUCUCAUCAAGAACGUGGAAGUGCUCACAUUGCACUCUUCGAAGCGCAAGGAAGUAGAGCUUUUGCGCGACUUCCCAGAUAUCCUGCACCCAUUCGACUCGAAGUUUGGAUGGGAUUACGAUUCAGUGUAUGCCGAUGAUGCUAAUCCGUUCGAGGGCUUUGGCGAUGCAUAUAAGGGGUAUGGUGUCGACAGGGAGACAGGAUGUGUGGUCGUUACGAGACCGGAUCAAUACGUUGGGUACAUCGACACGGUCGAUGCGGAAGGUUUCAGGGGCGUUGAGACUUAUUUCAAGGGGAUAUUUGCAUCGUAG